ACGGAUGCUAUAAACUCCAAAACUCAAGGCUCCUUCAAAACACUUCACUCAUAACUCACUUUAAAAUGAAGAACUGUUCUUUAGAAAGGGUCGAAGCUAACUGACCUGGAGGAUGCAGAUUUCAGUUUCAAUUAUCCAUCAGUACCCUGGAAAAUGUUUUGUCAUCAAUACCAUGAUUCAUUUUCACCCUCAACUUAAGGUUUCAAAACCCUUCAGCGGCGGACUAGCGUGGACCCUCAUGGUGUUCGCCCACCCUCGCCCCUGUUGGUGUGGCGACCCUAAAGACAUUUGGACGCCCCUAGAACAGCAACAAAAAAAUCUUCUCACAAAAACCUUCUCACAAAAAUCUUCUCUUCUGGCAUUCAAAAACGCGCGCGUGUACGCCUGUAGAUUUUUUAUUGGUAGCAGUGAGAUAUGAUCGACAGUACUUUUUUUCUCAGUUUAGUAUACUGCUGAAUCAGCUGAUUAUUAAUUGAUAAAGCAUAUGGUAUUUGCCAGAACGAAUUGUACAUGUUUCUGUCAUUCAUUGACAUCUUUUUAAUAAUUGCUAACAAUAUAACCCCUUAUAUGCGUAAAUAUAAAUAUAAUAUUACAGAUAUAUUUUGCAAGGGUGAAGUUUUGCGAAAAUGUUGACAGGAUUUCACAACAUUACUAGUUAAACGGUAAAGUUUGGAAUAUUCAAAUUAACGAAAUAUAUCUUUUACAAUCGAGACUUGCAUUUAAGUAUUCUUCCAGAUCUCUCAAUAUUUUUUGAAUAAACAAAAAGUUUAAGACUUAUCAUUGAAUUUUCAAAACAGUAGAAUAAUAAUUUCG